AGAGACAAUUGACAGCCCGGGAGUGAGGGAUCAUUUAAUUUUUUAAAAGACUAGGUUGACACCAGCUAAGCCACAUUGAUCGAUAAUUCUGUGUGACCCCUUAGAUGGUAGGCUGCUAGGUUGUCUGUCCUUGAACAACAGUCUUUGUGGUGAUGGGUCACCUCAUGAUGAUGGGGAUUUUUAUCAGCUUUGAGAUGCAGUGAUCCAAGAUUCUCUCAAAAGGGGAAACAACCUCUCUAUAUCUACCUUAAGAUCCAAGAAAGAAUAAUCAUCGUGCAGGAAAUGACAGACCACAAAGAGAUCUUUUACGAAGACUGAAACUGAUCGCUCGCAGUGUCUCGGUGUCUAAAGACAAGCAUCUUCGAACUUGACAGAUUGCUCUGGAAGAGAAGGAAACCUUCUACUAACCAUGCAUCCCUUCAAGUGGUCCCUUCCGCUGAUGGUUGCGUGUACAUGCUGGGCAGGUGACCAAAGCAAGGUUUCGGUGUCACAGCAUCCCGGAGAAAUCAAUGUGUCGGUUGGAAUGACGGCUGUGAUUGCCUGUGAGGCGAACUAUCACAGAGGGACCCCUGAACACACAGACAUGUACUGGUACAAAGGUAACAGACGGGAUCAGCCAAUCCUGGCCUUUUCAAAGGACUCCAAAUCUCUGUCCAGUCAAGAUGACCACUUGUAUGUGCGUGGCAAUCUCUCCAAAGUUUACAGCAUCCUCGUCAUCAACAACCUGACAGUGAAUGACUCUGGAGUUUAUGUUUGUGAGGUAUUAGUCUCUCUACCUCCGCCUCAUGUGAGUGGAUAUGGACACGGAACUAGAUUAACAGUCCAUGAGUCAAAUUCAUGUCAGACAUCGAAGGCCCCGCAAGAGGUGUGGAAACAUACUGUUUUUCUAGCCAUUUUAGCUUAUAGCCUAGCUGUCACUAUUACAACGGUCUCGCUUGGUAUCUUCAUGUGCGUCCAUAAACGUUCUAAGGGCAGACCGAAUUCUAAAGAAGCACUCCGAAGCCAAGAGGAAUCCAGUCUAACUUCAUCCAGAAAAAGUGCAUUAGCUCUGAGUACAGACCGGGCCAGAGAAGCACAGAAUCAGGAGUAUGAAGACAUGGCACUCAUCAGGACUAUGAGUCAGAUACCAAGAUAAUGCAGAAAUGCAAGUUAAUGAUGCAAAUUCUAUAGUACGUAGAACUAAGCUACCUGCAAUAAGUGUUGGUUGGUACCUUUAAAUAUAUUUGCAGAAGAAAAUUCCCUCUGUAGAAUUUCAGUUGUACUGCAUAAAUUUUUAUUUGGUAUGGGUUGCUGAACAUUAAUGUGAGGUGUCUUAAUUUGGAAACAUAUUGUACUCAAAUCAUGGAAUCACUGCAUGUAGGAAAAGGCUGGAAUAGCAAAGAACUAGAAUCAGACAGCACUGGAGGCUGCUGGAAAGGACUGCCUGAUUAAUCUAACUCCUUCUCAGAAAGGAUUUACAAGGAUGUUAUCAGAGUUGGAGGGUUUGAUCUAUACGGAGAGGCUGGGACUGCUUUUUUUCUGGAAUGUUGGAGGCUGAGGGGCGACCUUAUAAAAUCAUGAGUAUCAUAGCUAGUGUGAAUAGCCAAGGGUGCGGGUGUGCAAAACUAGACAGCAUCAAUUUAAGGUGAGAUGGGAAAGAUUUAAAAGGGAACUGAGGGGCAACGUUUUCACACAGAGGGUGGUGCCUACGUGGGAAUGAGCUGCCAGAGGAAGUGAUGGACGCUGGUACAAUUAGAACAUUCAAAAGGCACCUGGAUGGGUUUAGAGGGAUAUGAGCCAAAUACUGGCAAAUGCGAAUAGAUUAGUUUAGGAUAUCUGGUCGGCAUAGACAAGUUGGAACGAAGGGUCUGUUUCUGUGCUGUACAUCUCUACGAGUCUUUGACUCUGCUUUUACUACAGAAUCAUCAAAUAUGUACAGAAUGGAAAAGGACCCUGCAGCCCACCGUGUCUGUGCCGGUCUGUCUACUCUAGUCUCAUUUUCCAGGACACAAACAGAAGUUGCUGGAGA